AUGUUCACACAGAAUCAACCUGGCUCUUUGCCGAACGGAACUGGCAAGCAUCGCUCGAAUCAACGAUUGAAUCACACAAAUGACGCGCAAGCGGAGAACGGUCGUUCCACGCGCGGUUUCGCACGUCGAUGGUCAUCUGGAUCACGAAAGAAAAAGAAGAAAUCGGGGGACGGUGAUGGACCUGUGAACGGAGCCGGAACUAAUCCGGAUGUGGUCCCGGAUUCGACCUUCACACGGACUUUAUCCAAUCCGGACGAGGUUCUUCGACGUCGUCGGCAACAACGUGUUCAUACCCGAUCUCAGAAUGCGGCCGAGGAGAAAACAAACAAUGUGAAAAUCCACGGGGAUACAUUGAACAGUGAUUUACCUUACAUUACAUUACAAUUAAAUUCGAACGACACGGCACAAACUGUGGUCACAUGGACCUUGGAAAAGUACGGAUUGGCCAAUCAAGUCAAUGCACGUGAUUAUUGUCUUGUGCAAAUGCAUAUACCACCACGAGGAGAACGGUUACCAAUGGACUUGGAACGGGAAAUCACCUUACACCAACUGGAUUGUCCAUUGCGUACCAGAGCACAAUUAACACAGCACGAGGGAAUUUCCUGUGUGUUCCAAAUUCGACAUCGAUCCAAUCCCGGCCGAGACGGACGUCGUCCACCAGCGGCGGCACCAGCACAUCCACGAUGUCCACCGCAACGCGGUCGUUCCCGAUCCACCACUGCGGGAGCACAGCACAGCACUAGGCCCGCACGUGAUCUGCUACCCUAUUUGAUUGAAGUGUCCUCGGAAAAGGAUCAAGCACCCUGUGAGAACGGAUUAAUCGUUCCAUUGAUUGAUCUAUUUGAUCGGCUCUAUGUCGGUUCGAUCAAAUUGGGUACCAUUGACAAAAUGGUCGGUCCUCCGCCUAAUAUCCUAGUCGAUCGAAUGCGUCACCAGGAUAUUCGACCAGUUCAUUGCACUUUCAGUGUUGUUCAAGCCAGUACCAGUGCCUCGCGACUUCGUAUUCCAAAAGGUGGACCUUCAAAUGAGCUCACUGCAAACACGUAUCAAUCCUUGCUUGUCAGUCCGUCCCUCGACGGUUUCGCUAAACCACCUGGUCCGGCCGCGAUGCGUAUGGAUGGGAAUCGUAUUACCGGUCCGAUCCUAGUGCCACCAGAUAGCGUGCUUCAGUUAGGCAAAUCUUUACUGCUCAAAUUCGUCUACUCCGAUACCGAUUGGGCCGAGGUUGCAUCAGAGGACAAAAGUCGUGGGAGUGAGCCGUUGGCCAAUGUUCCGCCCAAAUCCAUAUCUACCAAUCGACCGACAAAUCUACCGCCUCCUAGCAACAGUUUGAACGGAUGGAUAUACACCAAUAGCCAUUCCUUACAAACCAUCUACUUCCAACGCGGAUUAGUGGUACGAGUGCAUCUUUGGUUAGCCGAGUUCAAUUCUUCGAAGGAUCGAGACGGUGAGAAGUGCGUUGGCGUGGAACCAGGCAAAUCCCGCGCGGCUCAACCACCACAUGAACUGCGUCGAUCUCAUCCGUCACACGAGAAUGGAUUACAUCGAUUAAGUCAUACAGAUACGGAUGAUCUGUUGCCCAUCAGUAUCGAAUUACGUGGGACUGACAAUUCCAGCAAAGUCAGUUUGCUCGAUCGAUACGUGUAUUUGGUAGAUCAAGUUCUGGUCAGCGCGCGUGCCGAAUUGGAAACUAUUGUCAGUCGAAAAAGGGCGGACAAAGGAACCACAUUCACACUUUCUCCGGCCUAUGCAUUCUAUCUUGUCUAUCGGGCAUUCCAAAAACAAUUGACUUCUCUGACUGGAAUUAAUUCAGCAGAGAAAGAUCACCAAAUUUCCUACAUCACGAAUUAUAUUGCGACUCGGGUGUACGAGUCCCUCCCAAGUGCCGCGCGUGAGGAAAGUGGAGCACAACUGGAACAUCUAUAUCCCCUAGUCUAUUGGUUGGCCAAUAGCAGUGAAUUGCUUCACUUUUUCAAAAAUGACAUUCAACUUUGCUCCCCGGACGCUUCCGCUACGCCCGGUAUCCGAUCGGUGAAAUUGCCUCACUCCCCGGUUCAUGUGUCACGACAAUCACUGCACCUGCUGGCCGACUGUGUGGAUCACUGUUUUCAUCAGCUUCGUCUAUGCAUGACUGCACUGAUGCACCCGCUGCUGUGCAGUCUCAUUUAUCCGGGUGACUUGGACCUGCAGGUAGGCAUACUGCCUUUAAUUUUCUCGGUUGUCAUUCUUAUCAAAAUCUGUGUAUACAUUUGA